AUUUGGGAAAGUUAACAGACUCAGACAGCGACCCUAGAGAGAAGAUUCAAGCCCGGUGUCAACAUUGCACAGGCCCCGCCCACCUAUCUUAGCCCCGCCCCGGCGGCCGGGUGCCCGGACAGCGGGUCCGCAGGCAGCUCCUGCACAGCUGCGUUCCCGGCAGCGGAGCCAGGCGCGGAUCCGCGGCUCUGGGACAGGUGACACUGAGCGGGACGACCCGAAUGACCGACAGGCGGGCGGAGGUGGGAAUUCCGCGGGGACGUGACCGUGGGCUGCGGCGGUAGGCGCGGGGGUCGCUUCGACCGGUCCGGGGUCGCCGCGACGCCGGGGAUCCGCUGCAUCGCGCCCUUCCGGCUUCAGAGCCGGGGGCGGGGCCGGCGCUGCGCGGCCAGCCAACCCCGUGCCUUCAUGCAAAUGAAGGCUUGGUGACGCCUCGGUGCCCCUUCAGCGCCCCCUUCCGGGGUCCGCGGCCAAGGGGCGGAGUCUGGGUUGCGCGGCCAGCCAACCGCGCUCGCGUAUGCAAAUACACGCAGGCCCCGCCCCCAGGCGGGGUCCCCCGGCCGCCUGCAGACCCGGGUCCAGGCGCUCCGGCCCCAACGCGGCUUGCAGUUCGCGCCCCGCCGUCGGGGGGCGCCCGAGCGCCGCGGCCCCGCGCAUGCCCGCCCGGGAGCGCCCGCAGCCCCGCCCAGCCGGCCCCAAGCCCCGGACGCUGGUGUCUGGAAGCCCGGAGUCCCACGUUCACCGUCCGCAGUGCCAGCCGGGGUCUGGCGGCCUCCGCAGGAGGCCCCGGAAGAUCGUGUUUGAGGACGAGUUACGCCCCCGGGUCCCACUGCACGAAGAGAAACCCCCCAAAGCUCUGGGACCCUGUCCCAACCCAGUGCCUGACUAUGAGCUUAAGUACCCGCCAGUGAGCAGCAGGAGGGAUCGGAGCCGCUAUGCCGCUGUGUUUGAGGACCAGCACGGGGAGUUCUCGGAGCUCCAGCGCGAGGUGGGGGCCACGCAGGCCAAGCUCCGGCAGCUGGAGGCCCUGCUGAGGUCACUGCCCCCGCCGCGGAGCCAGAAGGAGGCUAACGUAGCAGCUCGUGUCUGGAGAGAGUUUGAGAAGAAGCGGGCGGAUCCUGGCUUUCUGGAUAAGCAGGCUCGCUGUCACUACCUGAAGGGUAAACUGAGGCACCUCAAGUCCCAGAUCCGAAAAUUCGAUGACCAAGAGGAGCGUGACAGUGAGGACUCCGUGUACUUCUGAGUAUCCUGGAGAUGGUGAUGGCUUCUCAGCCCAUGGGGAACCACACUCCAGUGCUUCCAGAGGAAGCAAGUCCCAUUAAGAAUCCCAGAGAAUAAACAUGGAGUAAUUAGA